AGAAACAUAACUCUUUUUUCUCUCUCUCUCUCUCUCGUUUCUCUUCCAUCCCAUCUAAAUUUCUUUGUAAAACUAAAAUAAAAUGAAGAAAAAGAAGAGUAAAAACAAACUGGGGCGUAGCGGUGGAUUCGAACACAGGUCCAGAAGCGGAUGAGUGAGUUCUCAAGCCAUCACCAUAUAAAUUUCUUUGUACAAUUAAAAUAGAAUGAAGAAAAAGAAACGGGGCAGAGUGGUGAUUCGAAUACUGGUCAGGAAGUUGAUGGGUUUUCGAAAUUCGAAAUUUCGCUCCAAUGACUCAGAGAGGUAACCGUAACAACAAGAAGAGGAAGACGGUGCAGUAUCGUGGAAUGCCUCCAGGUUUCACACCAGGAACUCGUGAUGUCCCUUUUGGUCCAUUGACUGCUGAUGAACAUAAUAAUGGCAAAGCUGUGGUCGAAGAUGAGGGCUCUGAUGAAGCUCCUGAAGAGUUUGAAUCAUUCUCAGGUUGCUCAAGGAAAGGAGGACCAUGCCUCAAGAGGAUAAAUACCUUAAAGAAACCUAAUCUCAUGUCUAUGUCUACUUGGACAGCUGAAGAGUAUGCCAAAUAUGAUGCUUACCUCAUCAAGAAAUGGCAGAUCAGUGGAUGGUGCGAUGAUGACAGUUUUUAUGUGGGCGCUAGAGAUUUUCACUCCCCUGCUGCAGCUGCUGCUCGUAAAUUCCACAAAUUUGAGCGCAUCAUCCAUGGAAGGAUAAUCUCUAAACCUCCUCAGAACACUCCCUUGCCUGAUCUUUCCCGCAUGCAUAAGUGGACACCUCAUGAAUAUGACCUGUAUGAUCUGUCUCUCAUGAACAAGUGGAGAAUCUCUGGCUGGGAUGAAAACGAAGCUACAUAUGCUAGUACUCGAGACAGGUCAACUCGCAUCUUUAUGAUGGCUGAAAACAUGAAGAAAACAAACAGCAUGCGUGAUCUUCCCACCCCAGCUUCUAAGACUGCUCAAAGCCAGGGGAAAAGAAAGGAACUAAGGAAAUUGGGUUUCCAGGUCUAUAUGGGAUGGGGAUAUUUCUUUGGGGAAAAUGGUAAUCACAACAUUCUUCCACUUUCGAGAGAUCUUCUUUGCUUGGACGAAGUCAUGGGUAAACGAAUCCUUAAGAAGCAGAUUCAAAGGCUUUUGCUAGAGCUAAGUCGACCUUUUACGUGCGUGCCAACACCCGUUAUGUUAGAGAUUAUGUUUUACUAUCUGACCACUAUACGAAAUCAAAAACCACAUCCCAGAAGAGCUGAAGAAGCAUAUCAUCAAGUGUAUGAUGUUUUGCGUCAGUUGAAAGACUAUGGUUCUUCGCGUAGCUAACAAAUAUAGUCAUGUCGUAAGAGGAGAGAUUGUAUUUUUUUUUUUUUGAAAUAAUUUUAAAUUUAAUCACUUCAAAAACUUUAGUACAACCUAAUGCUACCUUUGUGU